GCCCAGGGCACAACGGUUGCAAGAGACUUGAGAAUCGGCCCAAUAAAACAUUCAGUCCGACUCCAACUCAUAGAGAAGGGGACGGGAAGCAGGUUCCCCGUGAACAUGGAGGCAGCGUUGACAGCUCGCGACAGAGUGGGAGUGCAGGACUUUGUGUUGCUCGAUUCCUACACCAGCGAAGAGGCCUUCCUGGACAACCUCCGCAAACGCUUCCGAGAGAACCUCAUCUACACGUACAUCGGCACCCUGCUUGUUUCUGUGAAUCCGUACAAGGAACUGGAUAUAUACACACACAAGAAGAAGGAACUCUACGAAGGAGUCAAUUUCUUUGAACUUCCGCCUCACAUCUACGCCAUUGCUGACAACGCCUACCGGGUAAUGUGUACAGAGUACAACAACCACUUCAUCCUCAUCUCCGGAGAGAGCGGAGCUGGCAAGACAGAGGCCUCGAAGAAGAUCCUGGAAUUCUACGCCAAGACCUGCCAGACCACGGAGCAACUACAAGUGGUGCGUGACCGCCUCCUGCUGUCCAACCCUGUACUGGAGGCGUUUGGAAACGCUAAGACUUUGAAGAACGAUAAUUCCAGCCGCUUUGGAAAAUACAUGGACAUCCAGUUCAGCUUCACGGGGGCUCCUGUGGGGGGCCACAUCCUGAGUUAUCUCCUGGAGAAGUCUCGGGUGGCCCACCAGAACCACAGGGAACGUAACUUCCACAUCUUCUACCAGCUGCUGGAGGGAGGAGACGAUGAGCUGCUUCGCUGGCUAGGCCUGGACCGCAACCCACUGCUCUACCACUACCUCAUCCAGGGUGAAUGUGCCAAAGUGAGUUCCAUCAACGAUAAACUUGACUGGAAAACCGUCCGCAAAGCGUUGUCCGUGAUUGGCUUCACUGACCAUGACAUCGAUAACCUGCUGGAGGUAGUCGCCAGCGUUCUGCACCUGGGCAACAUCCAGUUCAUCGCAGACAACCACGGGCGCGCCAACAUCACCGUGGAUAAGCAAGUCCGCUGGAUCUCCAAGUUGCUGGGUGUCCACGUCUUGGUCCUCCAGGAGGGGCUGACGCACAAGAAGAUCGAGGCGAAAGCGGAAGAGGUUUUGAGUCCCCUGAGUGUUGAACAAGCUUUCUGUGCCCGGGACGCGCUGGCAAAGGCUAUCUACGGGCGAACAUUUACCUGGCUCGUUAACAAGAUUAAUCAAUCACUCGCUAAUCAGGAUGCGACCAGGAAAACUGUGAUCGGACUACUGGAUAUCUAUGGCUUUGAAGUCUUUGAUGUCAACAGUUUCGAGCAGUUCUGUAUUAAUUACUGUAACGAGAAGCUGCAACAACUGCUGAUUGAGUUGACCCUGAAAUCGGAGCAGGAGGAAUAUCAAGUGGAAGGAAUCCAGUGGGAACCAAUCCAAUAUUUCAACAACAAGAUCAUCUGUGACCUCGUGGAACAAAAACACAAAGGAAUUAUCUCCAUCCUGGAUGAAGAAUGCCUGAGACCCGGAGAGGCCACAGAUCUCACCUUCCUGCUUCGUCUGGAGGAGAAAGUGCCCGCUCACCCUCACUUCCUGACACACAAGUUGGCCGAUCAGAAGACAAGGAAGACCAUGUGUAGGGGUGAUUUCAGGCUGCUACACUAUGCAGGAGAUGUCACUUACAAUGUAACAGGGUUUCUGGAUAAAAAUAAUGACCUCUUGUACAGGAAUCUCAAAGAGGUCAUGUGUAGCUCCACUAACUUCAUAGUGAAGGACUGUUUCGUCACGUCCGAACGAGACACAAAGAAAAGGCCUGAGACGGUGGCCACACAAUUCAAGUACAGUUUGGCGGGUCUUAUUGAUAUCUUGAUGUCCAAGGAGCCUUCGUAUGUGCGUUGUGUCAAGCCCAAUGAUGCCAAACAGCCAGGCAGGUUUGACAACGUGUUGGUCAGGCAUCAGGUGAAGUAUCUCGGCCUCAUGGAACACCUGCGUGUGAGGCGGGCUGGAUUCGCCUACCGCAGAAAGUUCGACCCCUUCUUGAAAAGGUAUAAGAUGUUGUGCCCAGACACGUGGCCGAACUGGCACGGACCUGCAUCCGAGGGGGUUGAACGACUGGUGAAGCACAUUGGCUACAAGCAGGAGGAAUACAAGAUGGGAAAAACAAAGAUAUUUAUUCGAUUCCCAAAGACUUUAUUUGCCACCGAAGAUGCGUAUCAAGUCAGCAAGAAUGCCUUGGUUGCCAAGUUGCAGGCCAAAUAUAAAGGCAAACUCCAGAGGGGAGAGUUUCAGAAGCAGAAAAAGGCAGCAAUCAAGAUCGAGACUUGUUGGAGAGGAAUCCAGGCAAGGCAGGAUGCGGGGAAGAGAGCGUGGGCUGUAAAAGUCAUCAAAAAAUUUAUUAAAGGCUUCAUGCUGAGAAAUCAGCCAGUCUGUCCGGAAAAUAAAGAAUACUUGGCCUUCGCUCGAUAUAACUACCUGAUGAACCUCAGGAAAAAGCUGCCAAAGAAUGUUCUGGAUAAAAAAUCAUGGCUCAAGCCUCCUGCCUUUAUGGCUACGACCUCAGAACUACUAAGGAAGUUGCAAAUGCGAACCUUAGUUCGAAAAUACUGCAGGGGGAUCUCAGCCCAGAGAAAACUGCAGAUGCACCAGAAGGGUGUGGCUAGCAUGCUGUUCAAGGGGAAGAAGGAUGGUUAUCUACAGAGUGUGACCAAGCCCUUCAGUGACAGUCGACUGCGUGAGGAGGACAUCAACCCCAAGGCUCUGCAGCUCAUUCGGAACGAGAGAAUUAAGUACGGUGUUCCCGUAAUUAAAUACAACCGAAACGGCUUCAAACCCAGGCCGAGGCAACUCCUCCUGAUGCAGAACAAAGCCUACAUCGUUGAAGAGGACAAACUCAAGCAGAAGAUCGAAUACUCCACCCUCAAAGGUGUCUCCGUCAGUAAUCUGAGCGACGGCGUCUUUGUUAUCCACGUGCCCUGUGAAAACAACAAGCAGAAAGGCGAUGUUAUUCUACAGUGCGACCAUGUCUUUGAGACGGUGACAAAACUCUGCAUGAUGGCCAGCAAGCAGAACAGUUUCAAUAUCGUGCAAGGAAGCCUGAAGUUCACGAUCGAACCCGGGAAGGAAGGUAUCGUCGACUUCACAUCAGGCCACGAGUCGCAGGUGUUCAAGGGGAAGAAUGGACAUCUGAUGGUGAUGACUCCAAGGGUAAAGUCUCGAUAGCCUUCGCUGGCGUUCGUCUCUUCUGUUUCGAAACUCCACGGGCAAUAUAGAUUUGCUGCAAGUCUCGAAGGCGAUCCUCGCUCCCCCCCCCCUCCCUCCCCCCCCCACGCCACGCCACGCCGCCGUGACCCCUUGCUGGAUGUCGUGCGUCAUUCACCAGUACGUUGUGUGUUGUGUCCAUGCGCACGGCCUGCCCACAGUGUAACUCGCCCGUCAACUGCAGCAACAAAGAGGGGCCUGAAAUUGAAAUGGACGGUUGUUUAGUUCAGAG